AUGGCCUCCACGCUGCCUAUCCAGACCUUGCCCUUGUUUCUGGGUCUCCUGACUGUCCUGGCUCCGGGGGCUGCAGACUUCAACAUCUCAAGCAUCUCUGGGCUGCUGUCUCCGGCGCUAACAGAAAGCCUGCUAGUUGCCUUGCCCCCAUGUCACCUCACGGGAGGCAAUGCCACACUGACGGUCCGGAGAGCCAACGACAGCAAAGUGGUGGAAUCAGUGUUCGUGGUGCCUCCGUGCCGUGGGCGCAGGGAGCUGGUGAACGUGGUGGACAGUGGGGCUGGCUUCACCGUCACGCGGCUCAGCGCAUAUCAAGUGACAAACCUAACCCCAGGAACUAAAUACUACAUUUCCUAUCGGGUGCAGAAGGGGACGUCCACCGAGUCCAGCCCAGAAACCCCGAUGUCUACCCUUCCUCGAAGGAACAUGGAGUCUAUCGAGUUAGGAAUGGCCCGGACGGGGGGCAUGGUAGUCAUCACAGUGCUCCUGUCUGUCGCCAUGUUCCUGUUAGUCGUGGGCCUCGUCAUUGCCCUGGGCCUGGGUGCCCGAAAAUGA